AUGACCAGUUCUGCUCUUAAUCUUCCUGCCAUCCCUAACACUGAAGAGACAGCUGGACUGAACUAUUCUACCAGUCCCAACGAAAAUAUUCUGCCAGGUUCAAACGAUGUACUGAAGACGGAUGGGGAUGGGCCAACUCGAAUCAGCCUCCCGCUAAAUUACUCCAACUGCGAGCCCUACUCUCUUUCAACCGCCGGCCAACCUACAGCAAAGGAUACUUACCUCCAGGCCACUGAUGCCUCUUCGAAUUUAAAGAAAAUGCGGUCGAAACAAUCCGUUCCCAAGUAUCUGACGCAGCUCAGCGGCAUGACGAAUGGGCAUGCUGAACCGAACGCCACCGAAGCCUUCCCAUUGGACAAGACGGAAGAGGCGUUGACUCUAGCUGCCACAAUGCCUCUUGGUGGCACAACCUUCACUUUCCCAACGGCACUGCCCCAACACAGCGCUGGGUUGAAUCUGUCCAUGGCGAAUUCCCUUGAAUCCUACCAUUCCUCAAAAUACACCAAAUCACCAAUGGACGCAGCAUACGCGGGCCUCGGUCUCUCUGCUGCUUCCACCAUGUCUUCUCUCAACGGUCAACAGGCGUCUUCCCAGUUAGCCGGUGGAGGUCAGCAGUUUGCCGCAUCUAGAGUCGGAAGUCCGGCUUCCGCUGCUGCUGCCUUAGCAGCCGCUAGC